CUGUGCAGUACACUAUCUAUGUGGGGAGAGAAGACUGUACUGAGCGGCACCGAGUCACAGCGCUGAGUCCCCCUCGCUAUACCUCCCCUGGCUUGGCUUGGCUUGCAUUGUAGGGGGAGGGAGGUUUGCACAAACACACAGGGUGCAAGUGAAGAAAAUUAAGGAGUGGGGCAAAAAGGUGUGUUCCCUGCAGCCAUUUAAAGGUUGCAUUUACUGGUUACAUGGCUGUACUUCUUACCUGGUGCGGGAUCUGAUUGGCUCCAGCAAGCAAAGUUUGUGGAAUGAAAACAAGCAGCCUGAAUGAUUGGGCAGGAUUAGAAGACUCUGCUAAGAGUGCAGUAAUGAAAGGAAGCACUAGAAAUAAGGAUCAUUCAACUGAAGAAGAAGGAACUGGAAAACGACCAAAGAGAAAGUGCCUUCAGUGGCACCCACUGCUUGCAAACAAGACCCUUGACUUUUCUGAGGAAGAGGAGGAGGAAGAGGAGGAAGAAGAUAUUGAUAAAUACAAAGAUGCGUUUUUGAAAGCAAAUCCUGGCUACAAAUGGUGCCCUGCAACUAAUAAACCUGUGAAAACCCCUUCACCUUCUAUUACAACCAGGAAAAAAAUGUGGACCUUCCCUUCAGAAAAUAUCAGAGAUAUUCCAAGUCCUAAAAAAUUAUCAAAAGGAGAUGAAAUGCCACAGCUUAAUUUUGGCAUUGCAGACCCUACACAAAUGGGAGGACUUAGCAUGCUGCUUCUUGCUGGUGAGCACGCCUUGACGGUACACAAGGAUCAGACUGUGGAAACUCAGAUAGAAAACACAACAGCUGAGAAAGCGUUUUCAUCAAGUGACUGUCAACCAAGUGAGCCAGACUCUUCUCUGAACAAUAAGAAGUCAGCAUUAUUUCAAUUUGCUGAGAUUUCUUCCAGCACAUCACAUUCAGAUGUAAAGACACCUGCUAAGCAAUGUGAGAAGUCAGCGCUGUUUCAGUUUGCUGAGAUAUCUUCAAACACUUCACAGAUGAGCAGCCCUGAGCCUACAAAACAUGUGAAAUCAGCUCUUUUCGAUUUAGCAGAGAUUUCCUCAAGCUCAUCACAUUCCGAUUCAUCUGCAUCAGCAAAGCAGUGUGGGACAUCAGCAUUGUUUCAGCUUGCAGAGAUGUGUGUGGCAUCAGAGGCAGUGAAAAUAGAAAUUUCAGCGAAUGUAAACUCAGAGGAUUUGGUAACGGUAAAAAAGCCAUUUUUUUUGGAAACUGAAGCAUCAGAUGAAGAAAUGAUUGGUAGUGAUGUAAACAAUUCUUCACAUACCUGUGAUAAAACAGAAUUGAGUAAUUUUAAAAAUAAGAAACACAGGUCACAUUCCCCAGGGGAAUCUGAUGGAGAAUUAGUAGCGUUCAUAAAAAGAGAAAAACUUAAAAAGAAGAAGAAAAAAAACAAAACGGACCAUGAUGGUGCUGAGAAAGCUUCUCCUAAAAAGACUUGUAAAAAGAGGCAGUCAUCAGAGUCAGACAUUGAAAGUGUCAUGUAUACUAUUGAAGCUGUCGCAAAAGGAGACUGGGGUGUGGAGAUGUCUUCAGUAUCACCGAGCAAAAAAAUCCACCCUGCUGCUAGCCCAAAGCAUUAUUUAACUGACUUAAAACCUGUAAAAAAGAAACUAAAAUCUAAAGAGAAGAAAGUGUUAAAAGAUAAACCAUUAGAGAUCACCAAAGAUCUGCCUAUGUCGGAACCCAUAAGUGUUGCAGUUAUCAACGAGGGAUCUUGUGAGGUCGCUGAAAGUAUAAAGGAAGAGUCUUUAUCUCCCAUGGAGGAAAUGCCUCCUCUGUGUAUACAAGAAAUGCUUAAACCGGAGGACUGUGAUAAUAAUAAAAAGGCUGAGGCAUGUGGGUCAAGGAAAUCUGAAAGGUCUUGUAAAGGUGCCCUUUAUAAAACAUUGGUGUCUGAAGGCAUGCUAACAUCUCUGCGUGCCAAUGUUGACAGAGGCAAACGCAACUCAGGAAAAGGUGGCUCCUCUGAUCAUGAAGGUUGCUGGAGCGAGGAUAACUGGGCAAUCAAUCAAACUGGAUCUAGUGGAAGCAAGAAACUGAAGAAAAUAAAGUCAAAGGAUGAAUCUGCUGUUGGUUUAGCAAAGUUAGAAGAAGAGUUUGAGAAGAAAUUUAACAGCCUUCCCCAGUACAGUCCAGUUACAUUUCCCCGAAAAAAGAAAAAGACUGGCAAUGAGCAAGCAGAACAACAGAAAGGUGCAUUCCAGACUCCAAAAAAGAACAUAUUCCACAAGAUAGUAAGCAAAUAUAAGCACAAAAAGGAGAAACACAGUACUCUGGAUAAAGCCAUAAUUUUAGAAGAUAAAGCCACCAGAGCCUCCUCACCAAGAAGUAAUUCUACAGAUCCUAACAUUCCAGAUACCGCAGCCAUUCAGGAACCUCUGGUUGGAAGUCAAAAAAGAAAAGCAAGAAAAAAUAAAAUUACGCACCUUGUCCGGACUGUGGAUGGUCAGAGCUCUUCGGGGGAACAAUUUCUUGAAGGAAAUAUAUUACCAAGUGAUCAUGAAAGGACUUGUAGCAAAGAUGUUGCCUACCGAGAAGAACUGGAGAUCUGUGGAGAAGCUUCAGUAGAACAGAGUCACAGUAUUACCCAUGACAUGCCAGCUGUUUCUGCUUUCUUUAGUCUUGCUGCACUGGCUGAAGUGGCAGCUAUGGAAAAUGCCCCUAGAGGUCCAAGGGCUGUCCUUUCACGAGAUGGGCAGAAAAAAGAAAUGUCCCAGACCGCUGUGCUGAUAUCCUGUGCUGACCAAUGAAGAAGCUUUACUUUUUUUUGCAAGACUUUGUCCUCUAUUUAAUUUAAAGCCUUGAGCCUUUGCAAGGCAAAUUUUAUCCAUGAAAUGGAAAAUAUAAAUGGCACACUAGACUUUGCAGUGCUGAGGACAGUGGAUUUCACAUAAAGCCUGAAGCUAAGAGCUUGGGCUUUGUCUUUGGAGUCAUGCUUGAAAAUGGCCUAAUACAGGAAAGACGAGGCAUGACCCUCAAGCUUGCUUUCUAUUGAAGGCUGUAAAUGGCAUUGGGCUGGUGUCAUUGGAGAGAUUAUUUUACUGUGUCUCACUUGAGAAUCUCUUGAAUCAGAGAGGGAUAUUAGUUUCAUAUAAUAGUUAUUAAAAAAAAUAAACAUAAUGGAAAAAAACACUGAUGCACUGCACUAGUUGAUAGACAUUCUCAGUCAUUUUGUACAUUAAGAUUUAAGUUCUGAAAUAGUUUAUAUAAUAGUUUAUGCAUACGUAUAUAUUGUAGAAAGAGUUUAAAUUUUUCCAGGAAACCUAAAAAGUAGUGUCAGACGUACCAUUGUUAUGCUUGUUGUGUGCCUAAUUAAUUAUCCUUUGUUAGCACUUCUGCAAUUAUAACAAGAAUAUCAUGCCAUAUUGUUGUGCACCUUUUAUUUAAACAACUCAUCAAGGUUAUUGAAUAACCCAUUACAUGCAGUCUAGGAACAAAAUGUGGCUCCAUGUUUAAUAGAGCUGCUCUCAACAUAUAUUGCAUUUCUUCUUAAGGGUAAAUGAGAUACAGAAAUAACUUAUCUUAACAAAAACAUGUCUUUUUUUUUUGUUUGAAACACUUGUAUUCCUUAGUGGACCUAAAACUGAGCAGCCAUGUGUUUUUAAAAUGAGUGUGGCAGUUCCUCUGUAUUUCUACUUAUGUUAAAACUAACAUACCAUUAUUACUUGUAAGGCUUUAGCAAGUGUCACUGAUGGUCUAAUAAUGUUACAGCUAAACAUUAGCAUCACUGCCUAGAUCAUAGACUUGCAGGUUAGUUAUUUAAUGAUGCUCAGAAUCAUGCUAAAUGUGUUGCUUAAUCCAGGGUAAAACUAAGGGGGGAAUGAUUACUACAUGAAUAGUUACAUUAACUUUACUUCAGAGGAAAAAAGAGUUAUCUUCCUAACUAUGCACAAUACUGAGAUGGGCCAUUGAUGCUAGUAAAAAACAAACCCAUGUUAAAGCCAGUAUAUAUUUUAUUCCUCAAUAUUGUCAACUACUUUUACUGUGCACUAUGUGUUGUAUUCUCAAAACAGCCAUAGUUUAUUGUACAUGAAAUUUCAAUAGCAUCCCUCCCUUCUGGAAACAAAGUAGUGUUAUUCAGAGUAAAAAUAUGUUUUGAAUUAAUUUUUGUUUCUUGCAUGUGGAUUUAGGCUAUUAUACAUAGUAAACAAAUACCAAAAAUCUAAAGGACCUAGAAAACAUUAACAAAUGUCUCAGCCGUUUUUAAAUGACUGAUAGUAUGGUAAUGCCCUGGUUGACAAUAUCAUUACUUCCUAACUACAUAUUAAAAGUAUAGAGCAAUAAAGUAUAUUAUUUUUUUCUAAAUGUUAAAGUGUAAAUAGCCUAUGUUGUCAUAUCAGAAAAAUAGAUCACUGUAGUUUAGUGCCCAUUUCCAUUCUUAGAUUUAGUUCUAAAAAAAUAUAAUGUUAGUAAUUAUUAAGAGAGUUCAAACCAUUCUAUUCACCUCUUGCAAGAGAAUGGGCAUAUAUGUAAUAUCUAUAAAAAAUAAUUUAUGCUUUGUCGCUGGAUUACUGAAUGAUGUUUAAAAACAUUGGGCCAGAUUACAAGUGGAGGGCUAAUUAACGCUCCUGCUCGAGUGUUUGUUGCGCUAGAAGUCGGGUUGCGCACGUAUUAUGAGUUGAAAGUAAACUGUUUUUGCUCUCACGCUAACCGGAUGAGCAUAAGAAGCUGAACUUAGAUUAUCGCGUGCGCGUUUACGUAUUCCCCAAUAGAAGUCGAUGGACAAAAAAAAAAGUGUGGGGGGGGGGAAACUUGCACUAACGCAAACUGAUCACAUAUUCUCAAGUGUAUUUCACAUUCCAAUUUUUGCAUAUAGCAGAAUAUGUUCUAUUUAUUCAUAAAUAUUUAUAUAUAUAUAUAUGAUGGGUUUUUUUGUUACAAUAUAUAUCUAUAUCUAUAUACAAGGUGUAUGUGUGGGGUAAAAAAUAAAUAAAUAUAUAUAUAUAUAAGUAUGAAUAUCUAUAAAUAAUUAGAAUGUGAAAUAUUUACAGCACAUACACAGUUAAACACUUUAUUAAAUAUAAAUAUUGCGUAAAUGUUUUUUUCCAUGUUUUUAACUACUUAACAUCAAAGGGCUCCAAUGCACUUAUAUAUAUAUAUAUAUAUAUAAAUAUGUAUUAAUUUGUUCAUAUGUGUGUGUAUGUAUAUGUAUAUAUAUAUAUAUAUAUAUAUGUAAAUACAUAUACCGGUAUAUACAUGUAUUGAGCCAGUUGUUUGUUCCUGUGAGUGCACUUCUCUCUGUGUAUGUGUUACAUAUAUACACACACACACAGUUGUAUGCAAAAGUUUAGGCACCACUGACAAUUUCCAUGAUUUUGGAUCAGAAAUUUCAUUUUGAUCUAUUAAAUAACUGAAGGACACAGUAAUAUUUCAGUAGUGAAAUGAGGUUUAUUGGAUUAACAGAAAAUUACUGGCCACUGAGCCCCACAGCCUGAUGGAACAUCCACCAAAUUUUACUGUGGCUAGCAAGUGUUUGUCUUGGAAUGCUGUGUUCUUUUGCCGCCAUGCAUAACGCCCCUUUUUAUGACCAAAUAUCUCAAUCUUUGUUUCAUCAGUCCACAGCACCUUCUUCUAAAAUGAAGCUGGCUUGUCCAAAUGUGCGUUUGCAUACCUCAAGCGAUUAACACCAUCUGCAACAAGAUGAUGUUGUAGGUCUUUGGAGGUGGUCUGUGGGCUGUUUAAGACCGUUGUCACCAUCCUUUGCCUCUCCUAUAUUUUACUUCUGGCCUUAACAAGAACUGUGCCUGUGGUCUUCCAUUUUCUCACUAUGUUCCUCACAGUGGACACUGACAGCUAAAAAUGUCUGCAAUAGCUUUUUGUAGCCUUCUCCUAAACCAUAAUGUUGAACAAUCUUUGUUUUCAGGUCAUUUGAGAGUUGUUUUGAGGCCCCCAUGUUGCCACUCCUCAGAGGAGAGUCAAAGAGAACAACAACUUGCAAUUGGCCACCUUAAAUACCUUUUCUCAUGAUUGGAUGCACCUGUCUAUGAAGUUCAAGGCUUAAUGGGCUCACCAAACCAAUUGUGUGUUCCAAUUAAUCAGUGCUAGGUAGUUACAGGUAUUCAAAUCAACAAAAUGACAAGGGUGCCCACAUUUAUGCACCUGUCUAAUUUCGUUUUGAUGCAUAUUGCACAUUUUCUGUUAAUCCAAUAAACCUCAUUUCACUACUGAAAUAUUACUGUGUCCUUCAGUUAUUUGAUAGAUCAAAAUGAAAUUGCUAAUGCAAACACCCAAUUAUUUAUAAAUGAAAAUCAUGGAAAUUGUCAGGGGUGCCUAAACUUUUGCAUACGACUGUACAUACAUAUACAUUUUUAAAUAUGUAUAUGUAUGUAUCUCAAUGUUAAAGCCCUUUACCUGUCUUUUUUUUUCUUCUUUCGAACGCCUGAGAUCUCAUAUUUUUGAGACUUUAUAACUUUCGUGUGCAAUAUUUUAUUAAAAUAAUUUUUAUUAGAUAGUGUUAUGAGUGUAAGUGUACUUUGUAAUGCAUUUUUGAUGUGUUUUAUGACACUUUGUUGUUUUGCGAAACAGUUAACCAGAGCAUUGAAGACGCGGUAUUCAUUCUAGUGUAAAUCGUGAUUGCAUUUACUACCAACUCGUAAUACAAACAUUAAGCUUGGUGAGCUCAAACACCUGUGAUAAACCCCAUUAUCGCUCUGGGCUCGACUUGUAAUCUGGCCCAUUGUUGGAAAGCAUUCACUUCAUAAAAUACACUGUUACCUUACUUAGAACUGAAUGUAGCUGAAAUUUAUGUUAGGAUACUAAUUAAACAUUGUUGCCACUAAAUUCCUAUGACUUAUAUAUACACCACAUUUUUUUUUAUUUUUUUUUACAUGCCAUUGUGGGUGGGGGCAUAUUGGUUUCAGUAUAAAAUGACUAAAGAAUGUCUAAAUUCAAGGGAAAAAAUCACAUUGAAAGGAUUAAUGACCACUUCAUCAGUAAUAUAGUAAAUAAAACAACUGAUUUGAUGUAGCUGUAUCAAUAUAAUAAGCUACCGUCCAAAAAAACAUUUGGCCCUUCAGCUUAACAAUGGUACAAUAAUUUUCUUGUAGAGCAGGGGUGCCCAGACUUUAGUUAGAUGGGAAUCUGUUUGGGAGGUGUGUUGUUACAAUCUACCUGUGUACAUGCAGAAUAUUUGAGGUUGGAUGUAUUUUGUAACGGUUUUUCUAAUAUUUGCUGAACCACCACAUACCCUUGCACAGAAUGCAUUUAUUUGUACUUUGGGCCACUGUUAUGAUACAUAUAAUACUUAAACAAAACACAUUUACACAUAUCUAGCAAUCCUAUCUGGCUGUGGAGAAAAUUGGAAAUCACAUAAUUUUGAGAUGUAUUGGUCCGUAUUUAGAGAUCUACGACUAGAUCCCAAGCUCCCCAUUGGGCACACCUGUUCUAUAGCAUAUUCUUAGGUAUAUUUUUGUCAAAUUACCUUCAUUGUCUUCAGUAACAUUUCAAUAUUGUUCCUUGAUAUUUCUGUACAACUAUGGUACCUUUUUAAAAAACAAGAAAUAAUCCUUAUUUUUUAUGUGAAAUACUUGAUCUGUUUUCCUAAACCUCAGUGGCUUUCCCUUAGGCUAGAGGGUGGAGGGAUCAAUUUACUGGAUAUGACUGUUUCUGAAACUUUUUUGUAGAUAAUGCUUACAUUUUAAGCUGUUAGGCACUGAUAGUAGCAGAAUUCCUGCAACGCUUUAGGUAGAUUUUGAGAAUUUUUGCCCUUGCAGACUCUCAAUGAGUGUUUUUCAGUAGUUAUGUUUGCUAAUGCACUGAAUCUCCUAGGUGAGGCUUUGGUAUAAUCAGGUAAUACAAAUAAAUUAUUAGCACAAAUUCGUAACAUUUCACAUCAACAUUUCCCGCUUUACAUGUUUUAUAAAUAGAGGAGAUUGCUCUCUCUAAGCUCUGUUUGAAAGUAUGUUAUUAUUCAGCACGUCAGGACUUUUAUAGAGAAAAAUAACUAACAUUUUUCAUCCAUGCCAUCAAAAUACAUAUAAAAAAAAAGGCCUCUUAGGAAAUUUUUGCACCUUAUGUAUCUUGAGAAAACCAAAAAAUACAAUAUCCAUUUAUAAUGCUUUUCAAGUUGUGUGGUUUGUCGUACCUUAUUAAAUCAGUUUAAAACUUUACACACGCUAAUUUCUUAUUAACUUAAUUUCUGGAUUAGAACCUAAAUCUAUUUAAUUUUGAGAAGCAUUUGUUCAGUUUUCUAAUUCUUGAUGGAGUUGGAAGACUUAUUAACAUAUUUUUUAUGAAGAAUAUUUGAUAUUUUUUUAAAUUAAAUGGUACAUUUGUAUUUUGGGUUGUGCCAAAUUAAACAUUUCUAUACUAAGAAAUAAAAUGUGUCAUAUACGUUGGAAAUUUGCUGGUAAACAAAAAAAGCAAGUUUCAAAAUCAGGUUCUAAUUCAAAAAUUGAGUUCUUAUUCCAGUUUUGAGACCAAAAUUGUUAAUUUGCUUCAUUUAUACAGGAUAUUUGACAGUAUAUUCAUCCCAAUGCUGUUAAAAAAAAUAAUUCAUAUUUAUUAAGUAAAUAGUAAACUAAUAUUUUAUACAGCUGUAAUACUUUGUUUUUGUUCCCAGUAAAGUUCUGUGAUUUUGUAAACAUACAUAACAUAUUUAUGCUGGUAAUAAAAAGGUAAAAAAUAACUUCCAAUGACAGCUGCAAACAAUAUUUCUAUAUUUUUCUGAUUUAAUUCACUUUCUUUGUUAACAAACAAGUUACUAAAUUGUUGAGGACUUCUAGAUGGAGUUUGAGCUUGUUUGAUUUAUGUAUUAAUUUUGAGGUAGAUUUGUUUUGAGAAAACAUCUAUGAAACUUUUAAAUACUACAACAGCUUGCCAAGUCGUCGUCGUCCCCCCCUAUAAAAGGCAUUUUCAGAACAUUUAGUUCUGCGGUUAAGGGCUGGUUCCUUCUGUAGGACAACAUUAAGAUACAAAACACACUAAGAUGAUCAUGCAACAAAAAGGUUAUUGCCACCAUAUCCAAAAACCCAAUGUAUACUAAAACAAUGUUCUUUUUCUGUGGUCACUGUAAUGCAAGAAAAAUUAGUCUUCUGGAUAAUGUUCCCAUUGUAUUGCAAAUAAGGCAUGGUAGAAGAUAAACCAUUUAUAGCAGAAUCCAUCUUUUAUGCUUUGCACCAGGUUCUUUGUGAUGUUGUGCCGAUAUAUGAAUCUUUGCACAAUCUUUAAAAUAGCUCUUUUUAGGUUUGCAAUAACUACAUCUAAUGCAAUUGCAAUAGUGUUUUCAGCAUUUUAGUCUGGCACAAUAUUGUUGUGAAUUAUGCAAAGGAUAAUGGGAAAUAUUUAAGAUGAUUUUAGUUUUUCAAAUGCAGAAAGCUUUUGUGUACUCUAUUUUACUUGACUGCACUAUUCUGAUUCUUUCUUGCAAGGCCUGUUGUAAUAUUGCUACCUCUACUACAGAUACUUCAAUUUUUUGACUUUCACCUGCUUUGAAAACCUACUAUUAAAUGUUUCUAGACUAAA